AUGGAACUCAAGGCGGUUCUCACCACAGUCAUUUCAGGAUCUCAAUACCUCGUGCAUCCGCAGGUGCUCGGCAAAAUCCAAGAAACCAUAAAACCGGACGUCAUUCUACCCGUAACCGUCCUAGAGCCAGAGCAGCUGUACAACCACCUUGAGGGAACCCUUCGCUUGUUUGACUUUUACGACGAUGUCUUCACCCCCGAGUUUGGUAGUAUCCUGAUUGAGAAGCCCGGUGGCAACUCCGGCGUAUCUGUCGCAUCUGUAGGGAACGGCAAAUAUGUGAUGCAUCUCCGCAAUGACACCGUUACUACAAAGCGUUCAGUGUCGGACUUACCCGCUGGCCCGUAUAUUCUGCAUGGCCCAAACGUCCAUCAGGCAUGGAAGAUAUACAAUGAUACAUUGGAUGCGUUUGCGUUUGGCGUUUAUCCCGAAAAUGUAGAUGAGAUUGAUGGAUUUCAGCUUCUUCAACUCCCUCCUGAUAGUGGAAUCAACUACACGGCCAUUCCUGUGCCCUCAAAGUUGUACAGCACUGUUCCUCCCGAGAGAGCUCCUCUCAAAGGUUAUCGAUUCGCCAUUCCAGACUCCAUGUCCCUCAAGGGGAUUCCCACAACAUUCUCAAGUCACGCCUGGAGUGGCCUACACAAUGACACUGCCGACUCGACUGCCGCAUUCGCCAAGCGACUCAUAGAGCUUGGUGCCACGAUAGUUGGCAAGACCAAGUCCUCACAGUUUGGUUCUGGUAGGGAGUGGGCAGACGUGAUUGCGCCAAAGAACCCCAGAGAGGACGGACAUCAGGAUCCCGCAGGUGGUGCAACGGGUGCAGCCAGUUCUCUAGCAGGCUAUGACUGGCUUAGAGCAGCGACUGGACUAGAUGCGAUCGGGCAGGUGUUUGAUCCAGCAGCCGCCCAAGGUUUAUUCGCCCUUCGAACAUCCUCUGGAUUAUUGCCCCUAGAUGGCACCCAGACUAGUUCAAGCAAAUCAGACAGCAUCGGCAUCUUUGGCACAGAUCUCUCAGGCCUGUUCCACGACGCCGUUGCCAUUGUGCAUAAGUCCCUGGCCAGCCCUCCAAUUUCCUACCCCAAAAGAAUAGUCUACGCGACAGACCUUUCAGAUCCAAACGAACCGCAUAAGAACGAGCAAGGGCAAUUCCUUGCCGCUGUAGAAGCGUUCCUUGGAGUAAAGUCAAAGAGCAUCAGUUUAACAAAGACUUGGGCAUCGAAACCUCCUCCUGAAGCAAAGGGCCAAAGCCUACAGAACUAUAUAAAAGACGCACCUUUUUUGUCAUUCUGUUACGAAUUCUACCACCAAUACGAUACAUUUCGAGGGGACUACCACACAAAAUUUGGCAGGGAACCUACUACAGAACCUACCGUCAAAUACAGGUGGGACCUGGGCCAAAAGGUCACAAAACAAGAGUACGACGAGUAUCAAGCCCGCCUCCGCGUCUUCCAGAAAUGGUUCGACAACGCCAUCAUGCCCACCAACGAAAAGGGAGACACCAUCAUCGUCGCACCUUACCCAAGCAACGCUCCCAUCUACCAAGCGCCCAAACCGAGCAACAUCAAUGGCAUCACUGCCGAUGUCCUCGCCUCUGUCCUCGGCACCCCUCAAAUUCUAACACCAUUUGCCCAAUUCCAAUACGAAUCUAAGCGUAGCGGACAGACCGAAUAUCACCCCAUUUACAGCACCAUCCUCGGCCCCAAGGGAAGCGAUACCAUGCUCGUGAAACUGGUGGAAGCGACGUUUCAGCAAGCGCAGUGGCGCACAAAGGUCGAUACCGGGAGGUUUACCUUCCCUCCAUCGCAGAAUGCUCGAAAGGUAGAUGAUAAGCCGGUGAGAGGGUCCCCUGAUUCACUGCAGGAAGCUCAAGUAGAGAUUGGGGAAUUGUGA